AUGAGAAACUUUGUUACCUCGAAGACUUAUUAUCACUUCGAUUUCUCCAAUAAAGCUUUUGGUGGUUUGAAGCAGUUUAUGUACGGAAAUACUUUCACAGUUCUCGAUGCUUUCUGGGUUUCUCUCUGUAAUCUCUUCUUCUUCCUUCUCCCCUCUGUUUCUUCCUCCAUCUCCAGAGUUAAUUCAGACAAAGAGACAAGCUUGGUCGUGUCUAAGAAACAGAGCAACCAAAACGAUUCCUCUGUUUUCAGAGAUCAGAAACAAAUUGGGUUCCACGAGAAACAAGACGAUGAGAAGAGUUCUCUGGUUUCGAUCAGCAAGAGAUGCGAGUUUUUUUCCGACAAAAGUAUCAUCAUCACCGGUUUUGUAAAAGAACCUACAGCGGUUAGCUUUACUGUUCACGAUUACUACUCCUCUGUUUUUCAAGAGAAGAAGAAGAAGAUGGUGACUUUCUACGACGAGUCGAUCACGAGCUCCAUCGGUUUAGAGAAACCGUUUACAGUUGAGAAAGAGAAACCACAAUCACAAUCAAAGUCAGAGGUUUUUUUCAUAAAGGAACACGUGAAGGAAGAUAUGCUAGUUUACGAGUUCAUGAGUUAUGGCGUCUUUAAAGAACUAUUACUUCACGAGAGUUUUGUUUGUAGUGAAGAAAACUUGUUCGAUGAAGAUGAUGGGUUUAUAGAACUUAACCCAAAGCUCCAAAUCUCUGAUAUUGCUUAUGAAGAAGAAGAAGAAGACUUUAUGCAGAGAGAAGAAGAACAGAUGAAUAUGGGUUUUGAAGAAGAAGAAGAUGAAGAUGAGUAUGAGCAUAGUGAUGUGAUUGAGAGAUUGAAAACAGAGCUGAAGACAGCGAGAACAGGAGGAUUGUGCACCAUUCUUGAGGAAUCAGAGACUCCAUUAGAAGAGCUGAAACCGAAACCACUCAAGAUCGAACCAAAGCAAGAUCAGCACAAGGACAGAAUCUCUGAGAUCCACAAGGUUUACAAGAACUAUGCUGCUAAAAUGCGGAAACUCGACGUCAUCGAUUCUCAGACAAUGCAUUCCAUCAGCUUGCUUAAGCUAAAACAACCACCAAAACCGAGCAGAAACGUCCUCAAAUCAUCGCAUCUGCAUCAGAGUCUAUGGCCAUUCAAGAAACACAAGCAAGAACGUAACCCUAACGAGAGACUUGUGAAAGAAGCAAGCAGAGACUUUGAGACUGUCUACGUAGGUCAGCUCUGUCUCUCCUGGGAGAUGCUUCGUUGGCAAUACAACAAACUCUUGGAGUUUGAUUCUCAUACUAAUGCUUGUCAUCAAUACAAUUUAGUAGCUGGAGAGUUUCAACUAUUCCAAGUCCUGAUCCAACGGUUUGUGGAGAACGAGCCGUUUCAAAACUCCUCUAGAGUUGAGACUUACUUAAAGAACCGUCGCCAUUUCCAUAAUUUCCUUCAGAUCCCACUCGUUAGAGAUGAUCGUUCUUGGAAGAGUAAUAAGAAAUGCAGAAACGAAGGCGAAUACGCGGUAAAGAUUGAGACUUUGAGAGAGAUUAUCAGAGAAUCAAUCCGUGUGUUCUUGGAGUUUCUUUGUGCGGACAAAGAUGAAGUUAGUUCAGUGAUGAAAGUUUCUCACCAAACACAAGUCUCUCCCCAAGAUCCUUUAGACCUUGAGCUCUUGACAGAUAUAAGAACCAAUCUCCAAAAGAAGGAGAAGAAGCUAAAGGAGAUAAUGAGAAGCCAAAGCUGUAUAGUGAAGAAGUUAAAGAAGAAUAAUGAGUCAAAGAGUAGUGUUGGUUUAAAAGAUGAGUUACUGAUAGCUCAAAUCGAAAUGAGGUUGGUUUCAAGAGUGAUGAACAUGUCGAAACUCACCACUGAGAAGUUGGUUUGGUGUGGAGAGAAACUUGAUAACAUCAGCUUCAACGGUCGGAGGAUUCACAUUGAACCAUCUUUCUCAUUGUUACCUUGUUAG